GAGAAGAAGGAGAAAAAGGAGAAAAACAAGAAGAACAAGAAAAACAAGAAAAACAAGAAGGAAAAAAAGAAGACAAAGACAAAGUUAAAGAAGAAGAAGAAGAAGGAAAAGUCAAGGAGAACAACACCUCAGCAUCAACAUUCGGGCGUCGUUCAAAGAUCACGCGAACAAGGGCCUCUUCCACACGAACAAGGGCCUCCUCCACAUUCACCAAACCCACCACGCCUUCACUCAGACGAGGACGAGUACAAACACCCACCACACCCACCACAUCUACAUCCGAACAAACAAACACCCCCUCCACAUCCAUAUCUAGGCGGACCGAGUCUCCUUCCACAUCCUUAUCCACACAGGGACAAAUGCCGACCUCCUCCACUUCCUUACCAAGAAGGGAUCGAGCACAAACCAUCUCUACGACACCUUCCACUUCCUCACCUUGGCAGGGGCGGACACGGGGUCAGAGUAGCAAGGAGCCAGAGCAGCAGCUUCUCGCCUCGAGCACUCCCAACGCUGUAGAGGGUGCAGCCAAGGACGAAGUGGUGGUCUCGACGACAUACAAAAAGGGGCGUAGGGGUCGAGCCCGUAUAGUGAAGGUAAAGCGGCCUGUGGGUACAGUGGAGGGUAAGGAAGUGGUUAGAGAGGUACAAAAGAUUAGAGACGAUGAGGUGCAGGGUAGGGAACUUGUGAGGGAGGUGGAAGAGGGAGUGCAAGGGAGGGAUCUUGUGCGGGAAGUGGAAAAGGUGGAAGACCAAGUGCAGGGGAGGGAGUUUCUGGAAGAGGAGAAAGAUGAGGUGGUGGAGGAGCAAGACUACUUCGAGCUGGCGGCCAUCACGCCCUCCAACGUGCACUCCCUGACAUGGGGCAGGAAGCUAGGGCCGCUCAAGGCAAACUCCCACUCCCUCAAGCCUCUCACUCAGGUGAUGGAGGACAAAACGACUCCACGCCCACGCCUACCCACACGCCGCCCCAUCUCCCGAUCUACCACAAUCCGUCCAACGUCUCCCUCCUUGCGGCGCCCUUCCUCCCGUUCUACCACCACCAGCACCACCACACUUCCCCCCACCACCACGGAGCCCGAGGCCACCACUUACAGACCAGGCAGCAGGCGGGGCUCCUCCAGCAAACGCCGCGGACAGGGCAGAGGCACCACCAGCAGAGGCAGACCCAACAGCUCUCGUGCUCCCAGUAGAAGCGGCGGCAGAACGCGAUCCUCCACCUCCUCCAGGGAUACGCCUCAGGGAACAGACGCCACCCGCACCCCUAGCAUCAAGCAAAAUUUCGCAGGCGACGUCCCUCGACGCUUGGUGGAGGACGUGCCGCGACUCCCUGCCGAGCCACAGCAGGAGACAGGGAUACAAGACAGCUUCCUGACGCCGCGCCCCACGCCCUUCCCCAAUGUUUCCCCCUCCACCCCAAAUUUCUCCGGGCGCCCGCAAGUUGGUGCCUCCGUCAUCACCCGCCGCCCCACCUCUAAUCCCGCCACCUCUACAGACAUCCCUCCAAUCACAGCCCUUAACACCUUCACCUCACCUGCUCCGACCACCUUCGACUCUCCCUUCAUCAGCACCCCGUUCACCCCACAAAGAUUCACCCCCACCACUAUCCCCGUGGUUACCUCCCCGAGGCCUGUCGCUUUCUCCCCUCGUCCUGUAGUCUUUACUCCGAGCGUCACCCCGUCCCCCUUCGCCUCCGUCACGCCAAGCAUCUUCACUGUCAUCAAUACAGUCACGCCAUCACCCUCUUCCUCGUCGUCAUCAUCAUCAUCUUCAUCCUCUCCCGCAGCACCGUCACUUCCUUCUUCCGGUCCUCCCUUCACCGUCUUCAAUCCCUCGAGGCUUCCUGCAUUCAAUCCAACAUCGCAUCCGCUCUCCUUCACUACGCCACGGCCUCCCUUCGUCAGCACGCCCUCCCCCACCUUCGUCACCACGUCCCAUCCCGCCUUCUUCACCACCAGUCGGCCUUCCUUCAUCAGAUCCCGCCGUCCAAACGUCACUACCCCCAAGCAACCCACGCAACCAUCCACAGGGCGGCCGCUCAACUCCUUCAAUUCACAGUUUGACGCCGUGAACUUUCAAUUCCUGCCGUUCUUUGAGUCCACGAGGAUUAGGUCCCGCCAGGAUGGGUCUGGUAGUAUUCCUUCAGGUUCUGUUCUCAGCAGCAGCAGCCAGGGCCAGCAGAGCCAGCCAGGUACCACCACCACUGCCAGUUUCGUUUCCCUACAUGCCAACAACCCAACACUUCGUCCCGUCCCGCUCAGCACUCCUUCUCCACCGACCCCUUCAAGAGUGUCGAGGCCCUCACUGUCCCCUUUCCAUCACCACGCCUUCCUCUCCCCAGUGAGGGCCUCUCCAACCUCCCCAAGCUUCUCCCCAACACCUACGCCAUCCAGGCUUGCCUUUACGCCUUCCCCAGCUGCAUUUGUUUUUCGGCAGCCCUCGUCACCACCCCUAAGGACCCGCGUCACUUCCACGCCAUCACCAAGAAGCCAAGUCACUUUUUCCACGCCGUCUCCAGGUCCUCGCCAAUUCCCCACGUCCCCUGCCCCAAUAACCCGCCAGCAGCCGUCGUCCCCGACCCCAGGAUCCAGUGUCACCUUCUCCACGCAGCCACCACGGGGCCGAGUCACUUUUUCCACACCAUCCCAAGGAUCCCACCACUUCCCCACAUCUCCAGCUCCAGUGAUUCCUCAGCAGCCAUUUUCUCAGGCCCCAGGGCCCCUUGGUACCUUCCCCACACAAUCGCCAAGGGGUCCAGUCACUUUUGCCCCACCGUCUCCAGGGUCUCGUCGCUUCCCCACGUCCCCAGUUCCAAUUAUCCGCCAGCAGCCCACCUUGCCGCCUCCAGGUCCCCGUGUCACCUUCGCCACUCUGGGGCCAUCCAGCAGGACCUCUGAGGGCGUGGACCUCGAGGAGGAGAACAGAAGCAACUCCUUCAGCUUCCUUAAGAUGGGGCACCAAAGCACCAAGAACCACAUUCAAGACAGACCAAGAGGGCCACAGAUCACCUCCAUGCCCACGCCCACGCCCACGUCCACCUCCAUGGCGCCCUUCUUCCGUUUCUUCUCCACUGAGCGGCCUCCACGCGCCUCAUCCACCACACUUGCGUCUCCCACACUCUCCACUACGCCCUUCAGUGGCUCGUUCCUAAGCUUCAGCGUCCCGACCCCCGCCCCAUCAGACAGAAAAACAGCCUUCACCCCUCAUCCCACGCAGACUCCGAAGACAGUUCUCACCCCUGACGGCCUCAUCCUCCCACAAGCCACGUCCCCCAAAACUAGAGACGCUUUCAGAAUCACGACACCCUCGCCUCCACUCCCUCAGCCUCGCGUCACUAGACCAGCCUCUCCUUUCCUUGCCGCCUUUGGACGCCUUUUCUCUGUAGCAGCGGACCAAGGGCUGCACAGGGGGCCCCAUAUGGGAGUGACUGCCACGCAUGCCCCACCACCACAACCACCAAAACUACUGCCACAAUCGCAACCACUACUGCAUCGACCACUACGACCUGUAACUCCAACACCAACGACCUUACGACCCAAGGACACACCGUCAGUCCAGGCCCACGUCACACCCAACGGUCUGACCGCCUCGUUCGCCACGCCCCAGGCAGCCCGCGAUCUCGCACGUCAGGCCGCCAACACGGGGAAGUCAUUCAUCUUCUUCCGAACGGGUGACAACAUGUACCAGGUGUUAUGGCAGUGACCAAGUGACAGCCAGACCGCCAGGUGAGACAGGUGACCAGGUGAGACUUGGUGAGACCCACUUUAUUUUUAUUUUAGUUUUUAGUAAGUAUUUUUUCUUCCCUCAGUUUGAAUGUUUUUUUUCAUUAAUUUCCCCUUUUAGUGAAAUAUUAUUAUUUUUAGUGCGUCUCUCUCUCUC